GGGGGGGGUUGCGCUCGGUCGUGGGGCAGCACAAGAGGAGCCGGCGCGAUUCUUUUAGUUGACUGCCUGCACUGGUGCUGACGUCAUGGCCGCCGGUCGUCUCGAGGUGGCCGCACUCCUCCCGUAAUUAUGGCGUCUCGAAAUGACUACAGUGUCCUUAGAAGUAGUGCAAAACAAAACAACAACAACAAAUGUAUAUGAAUCAUGACAGGAAAUAAUUAUCAGUCUGGGGGGGAAACGAUGUCAAGGCACGGGGCGCCCUCGCGUGGCCCGUCGGUGUACGACAGCUUUAAAAAUGGCUCCCUAGCAACUAAACAUACACAAGUGAGGAGGACGAUCAAAGUUUUGUUGGAUAAAGAAAGAUGCAGUCUGGGCAGAAAGGCGCGCGACGAAAUAAUGAAAAGCCUUGCAGGGAUGAGGAUGUGGUCAGAGAGCUGUGCAUGGCCAACGGGCUCUGCUACGAUGACCUCGCCCGAGAGGGGCCCAGGGUCACCUCCCUGGAGGUCAUCUUGAGUGGUUUUCCCCGGAUGGUGGGCCUUUCCUUCUUCCCAAAGCUCCGGCAGCUUCAAAUCGUGGGCCAGGCCGUGAAACGCAUUGAGGGACUGGAAAGCUGUCCCUUACUUCAAGAGCUCUGGGUCGUUGAGUGCAAGCUGACUAAAAUAUCUGGACUGCACCAUUGUCCCGAGCUGAACAAACUCUUCUUGUAUGAUAAUAAAAUCAGUGAAAUCAAGAAUUUAAAAUUCCUCGUCAGCAUCCAAGUCCUGUGGCUCAACAAUAAUCACAUAUCUCAGAUACAGGGCUUGAACACGCUUAAGAACCUGCAAGAACUCAAUCUCGCUAACAAUAAUAUAGAAAAGAUCGGGGGCAGCCUUGUUAACAACGUCAACCUUCACACGUUGAAUCUGUCCGGCAACAAGAUCAGCUCCUUCAAGGAACUGACCUUUCUGACAUGUCUGUCCCAACUCCGAGAUCUGGCACUGAGCGACUUCACAUCCCCGCCAAACCCCGUGUGUCGCCUGUGUAACUACGCCACACACGUCAUGUACCACUUGCCCUUUCUGUUGUUUCUCGACACCUACGACGUCUCGAGCACGCAAAUCAUCGAAGUAGCUGAGUCUACUGUAAUGAAGAAGCUGAUGUUUUACAACAUGCGCGCACGCACCGCUCGGAGGAAUCUGACGGAGACUCUGCUUCAACUUCUCAAGAAGAAAAACGCCUCCAUGGAGUCAACGAAGGAAAGCAUUUGGUCACUCAAUUACACCUUGAAAAACCUUGAACGUUCUCUUUGUAAGAAGUCUGCCGACGACGCGUACAAUUGCACGAGAGAAGAUUUCAGCACGAAAGGUGACGGCUGCGACCCCUCCGCCGAGCAAAUACUGAGAAAGAUUGAAGUACUACAGCGGAGACUGGCUCUUUGGACCAGGAGGCUGCAUGAAAUAGAAAGCUGGCAUCAACACAGUCGGUCCCAAGCUGCGCAAAUGAUGGAGGACACAGUGCACUUCAUGUCAACGGAGCUCCACAGUCUUGGAAAUAUUCGCCUGGAGGAAGGCAGAGCCACAGACCCGUGGUUCAUCUCCUGCCGCGACCUCCUGCUCUCUCGCUUUUCUCUCUCGGACUUCAUGAGUCACGGUAUCACUGGCAUCAGGAUCAACAGAGUCGUCCGGAUCCACAACAGCGGGCUGAGGCUUCGCUUUAAGGACAAGCUUCAGUCUCUGCUGGCCAGGGCGGAUUCAGUCAACUUGGCACAGAAUUAUAAGAGGCUGCUUGAGCACUUGUUCAACAUUAGCGACUCGCACCAAAACAAUGAGGACGUGCUGAGGAUCGUGGAGGAAGGCUUCAAAUCAGCAAAAGAAUAUAAGGCCCUGGGAAGAGAAGCAGCAGUGCCUUUAUCCAACAGUCUGAUUGUGAGCGAGCAGCCAAGAAUCGAAUAUUUACUGCGCCAACCUGAGCAAGCGUGUGCCAGGAAAACAGAUACAAACCCUUUCAUAUCUGGCAGAAUUAUCGUUUCCAAGGUGUUUCUGGGCCAGAGUGUGCAAAUCAGAGAGGGAGAACUGGUCCACAGAAGAACAUAUCCCCGCGCUUGCUCCGUAUAUCGCAGUGUGACCACCAAGCAUCGAGAUGGAGUAUACACAAGCAUUCCCAAAGGAAGGCAGUGGUUCGUCUUUGACAAUGACCUCGUCUUGCCCGAGUACAUGAUUUGUUUUGAAUAUCUCACUGGAGGCAGUGAACAGUAUACAUCACUAGACGACUGCAAGGAUGGCCUUGACCCUCCGACCUUUGACAGCUCACCAGACAAAGAAGCAGUCGACAUGGAGCCCGCCAUGGGCCCGCAGCCUAAGUUGUUAAAUUUGAAUGAGGCGGUUCUCCUAAAUUUGUCCGGUGCCAGCGUCCUCAAUGACAUCACUGUGCUGAACCUCUACAACAACAAUCUGAGCAGCCUAAAGGAGCUUUCCUCCCUCACGUCUCUUCGCCAUCUCACCCUCAGCUUCAACGAGCUCACCAGCCUCGGUGACAUCGCUCACAUGCCCAGUCUUGAGUUUUUAGAUGCCAGCUUCAAUCAGCUUGUGAGCCUUGAAAGUCUGCAGGGGUUAAAAGAGCUCAGAUAUCUUGACAUUAGCUUCAACAAGUUGACCAACAUCAGCCAAGAUUCCGCUGUGCUCCAAAUACACACACCUGACCUGCAAAUGCUGGACACACGACACAACCCGUGGAAAAAGCCAGAGGAAGUCCGGACAACCAUACUGAGCUUUGUGACGACUCUCACAAAGCUGGACAACACGCUGGUUACAGAGGAAGAAGUUGCUGAUGCUGUUCACAACACUACUAGGACCAUUAUCAACCAGGAAAUGAUUAUUGUUUGUUCACAUACCAAAAACGAACGCCCCCGUAGUCUCAGCCUGAUGUCAACAACUCAGCUCCUCUCUGAACUCAUCCCGCCACCCAGCGCCAUCAGCCGAGACCUGCAGCCGGGCUGGGCCACCAAGAUAACUUCUCUGAACCUCGACAACCAGAAGAUUUGUCAGAUGAGCCAUCUUGAGGCCCUUGUCAACCUGCGCUGGGCUUCAUUUAACAACAAUUACAUCUGUGAAGUGGAAGGGCUCGACUGCUGCUCUCGUUUGGAAGAGCUCUCCCUCAAUAACAACAACAUCAGCACAUUCAACGGUCUCUCAGAUCUCCAGAGUUUGAACAAACUCAGCAUGGAUGGCAAUCAGCUGUCCAAUCUGGAUGCCUCUGUUCUCGAAGAGCUCCACAAUUUGACCUUUCUAUCAGUGGAGAACAAUCUGAUCACGUCCCUGGACGGCAUCCACAGAUGCCGUGCACUAAUGGAGCUCUACGCUGGCAACAAUCGGAUUUCUGUGUCUAGAGAUAUCUACUAUCUGAAGGUCUUGGAAAGCCUUAUCAUCCUGGAUCUAUAUGGGAAUCCAUUAUCAGAGAACUUCAAGAACUAUCGUAUUUAUGUGGUGUUCCACCUGCCGUCUCUGAAGGCCCUGGACGGAAGUGCAGUCGAUCCAGCUGAAUGUGAAAAUGCAAAGGCUACGUUUGGAGGACGACUCACGCCGGACUUGGUAGCAGAGAAAUUGGGCCAUUCAAACUACGCCAGCAUCACCUACCUCACGCUGCACUCCUGCUCCAUCAGGAGUGUGGACCUGUCUCCGACAGACCUGUUCUUUAACCUACACAGUAUCAACUUAGACCACAACAACCUCACCUGCUUUUCAGGCCUAAUCCACCUUCCCAACAUCAAAGUUUUGUGUUUAAACUAUAAUCGCAUCGAGUCCAUCCUCCCUAGGCAGAAGACAUUUCUCACAAACAGACAGAUGCUACACAAUAAAGUGCACUCCAGUGGCUAUGGCCAACAGAGUUUAUGCAAAGGGAGCAGGCACCUUGCACCCGCCAUCAUCCUGGAGCCUCUGAUGGGCAGCCUGGAGGUGCUGCAUUUAAGUUACAAUGGCAUCUCCAAUAUGGCCAAUCUGGAGCUCAGCAGGCUCACCAAUCUCAAAACGCUCUUCCUUCAAGGGAAUGAGAUCAGCCAGGUGGAAGGAUUGGAGGGUCUCCAUCAGCUUAGGGAGUUGGUGUUAGACAGGAACCGAAUCAGGGCGCUGUACGAGAACUCUUUCAUUUCCCAGAAUGUCCUGCUGGAACUGCACCUGACAGAGAAUCGCAUCCGGGAGCUCAACCAUCUCUACCCGCUCAUCGAGCUACGCAAGCUUUACCUGGGCAUGAACAAGCUUCAGGACAUCUCAGAGCUUGAUAAACUUGAUGUUCUUCCCUCGCUGACGGAACUUUCCGUUGUUGGCAAUCCGGUGGCUCGCAACUCUCUUCACAGGCCUGCAGUGAUGCGCAGCCUUUCUCAGUUGCAGGUGCUGGAUGGCAUGACCGUUACCAUGGAGGAGAGAACCAGAGCUGAAAUUACAGACGCAACAGAUUCUCUAAUAUGUGGAACAACAAGCAAUCUAAUCACCAAUCCUGUGCCCAGAGUGUGGAUGAAGUGGACACACCAUGGGGACAAUAGUGAAGAAACACAAGCACAAUGUGAGGAGUGUUGCGGAGUGGCUGGCCUUGAAACGAACCUGCCUGGACUGAUGACCUACAUGCCUGUCAAAGGAAUGUGCAUGACCGGACUGCAGAGCCUCAUUCACGGACACGAUGUGCUCCCAAGUAAUAAGGAUGAACCUCAAGUUCAGUACAAUACCAAGAACAAGAAGUCCACGGAGCGAAAUCCUUCAAACUUACAAGCCGAGGUGACCUCCAAACAGUCCCGAAAAGCAAAAAUAAACUUGAUAGCGUCGUGUCCUCUUCCCCAUGGGAAAUGAGAACAACACUUUUAAAGUACAAGAACAAAUUACCAACUUGGUUAAAUUCUCCAUUUUUUAAAAAAAAUAUUGGGACUAAAUCUUUUUUUUAGUAGAUGGAAACUCAGCAGAGUUCUCAUGAGUUUCCCUUGAU